GAACUAUUGUCCCUCCUCGAGCGCCGUACCGGAGAGCUCAAAACGUGCUAUGUUGUGACUGAAUGGGACGUCGGUUGGGACUUAAAUGGGACAUCGGUGGGACUUAAAUGGGACAUCGGUUCCGUGAAACAGCGGCAUUACUUUGAGCACACAAUUGGGCGGGAAGGCUGUGACGUUUUCUAAAAAUCACACAACGUUCACACGUCUCAGCGACUUUUUAAAAAUCUCGGAAAUCGUAGCCUCGACCGUCAAGCUAACGGCUAACAGUAGCCGAAGGCUAGAGAGCGAGAGAGAGAGAGGGAGAGAGGGGGGGGGGGGUGAGGAGAGGUGGGAGCCAAACAACGUUACCCAAAACAACUGCGUAGCCCGCUGCCAUUACGCUCAGAGACGCGCGAUUUCUGUUGUUUUUAACGAUCUCCCGCCAACAUGUCGGCCGCGUCCAGCGACCCGAGGAAACGCAGCAAGAAGCGGUACGCGGCCGGGAGCCGCCACAGCGGCAAGCGGUGGAGGGGCUGCCGCGAGCUGGAGGUGGGCAUGCAGGGCAUCCUCAUCACGUGCAACAUGAACGAGAGGAAGUGCACGGCGGAGGCCUUCAACCUGCUCAACGAGUACGCGGACGAGCUGCUCGGCCCCGAGAAGCUGCAAGACAACAAUGCAAGCGGCAGUGAAGAGGAGGAGGAAGAUGUUGAUGUGGCGCUGAAGAAGGAAGUCGCCCAGCUGAAAACAUCUGGAGCCAAACAGGAGCGGCGCUUCCAGUCUUUGGACAGCGGGGCCAACAAUGUCAUCUUCAUCAAAACUCAAAAUCUGGAAUCCGACAAGCUGGUUCAUCACAUCCUGUCUGAUCUCCAGUCAACCAAGAAGAAAAAAUCCCGCGUGAUCCUUCGGAUGCUACCGGUAACUGGAACAUGCAAGGCCUUCGAGGAAGACAUUUUGAAGUACCUGACUACUUUCCUGGAGCCGUGGUUCAAAACGCCAAACUGCGCUACCUACCAGAUCGCCUUCAAGGCUCGCAACAGCAGCCACAACAAAAGAGAAGAAAUCAUCAAAUCCGUCGCAGCUCUCGUGGGGAAGCUGAACCCAAAGAACAAGGUUGACUUGACCAACCCGGAGCUGACGAUCAUCGUGGAGGUCAUCAAGGCGGUGUGUUGCGUCAGCGUGGUGAAAGACUACGCUCUGUUUAGAAAGUACAAUGUCCAGGAAGUGGUCAAAGAAGACACGGCGAAGCCCGAUGGGGCCGCGGCGCCCACGGAUACGAUCACAGCCGAGCAGGAGGAGGAGGAUGCGCUCGGCGCCGACGGGACGACCAGAGAAGAGACAAAGGGAGGAGAAGGAGACGGUGACGGCAAUGUGCCAGAGGACAAGAAGGAAGCCACGGAGGACAAGGGGGACGGGGACGGGGAGUAAAGGCUCGUUGUCGCUUUCUCUGUCAGAUUUUUUUUAUUUCUAGCACGAGGAGAGAAGACGUCUUCUUCAGGUUCAUUGUGACGUUGUGCUUAUGUUUUAAAAAAUGUUAAAAGCAACAAAAAGACGUUUUCUUUUUUUCUUCAGAACUGAAUCCACGACUCGACGAAGGUUUGCGCGAGUCGAUGAGAAUCUGAAUUUAAUUUGAUUAUUUUCUUUAGAUUCAUAAAAAUGUUUAUGAUACGUUUGUAAACCUCGGUGAGAUGUUCAUUUUUAAAUAAAAGGGGAUUAAUGAAUUUUCUGUGCACAUCACCAUUUUGCAGCAUAACUGCCAUCAGCUUUUAAUGCCAAAUUUCCAUUGCUUCAUCAUGUUUGUCUUUAAAAAAAAAAAAGGUUCUGGUUAACAAGUGUUGCUUUUAGUUGUUUUUAAAUCUCUGAAGUGUUCCCUAAAUUAAAGUUACCCGCUUGUUUGAA